AUGUAUGCCAACUCAUUCAUGCACUCCUUUGAAGAAGACAAUAUCCUCAAGAAAUUUGGCAAGCACAUCAUUAAAUACCUUUGUUUCAUCAACGAUAUUUUAAUAAUCUGGAACGGGGAUGACCAAUCAUUUAUUAACAUGAUGUCUGCAUUGAAUGCAUUAAACUCCCCAGUGAAACUCCCCUCUCAAUGGAGUACAACACAGAUUGAUUUCCUGGAUCUUCAAAUUUAUAUUGAAGGAAAUAGAUUGGGCUAUACCUUAUACUCUAAGGACAUUGACAGGAAUUCUAUUCUUCAUGCCUCCAGCUUCCACCCGAGAAGACUCAAAGAAUCUCUGCCUAUCUCUCAGUUUCUCAGGGUGUUGCGUAAUAACUCUGAUUCAACUAAAGCAUCAAAACAAGUACAACAGAUGUAUCAAAAAUUCCAGGAAAGAGGUUACACUCACUCCAUUUUAACUACAGCUUUACAGCAGGCAUAUAAGUUGAUCGAAGAACCUAUGGGUCGGACGGAGAUAGGAGAUGUCUAA